AUGCCGCCGAGGCAGGCGGUGUCGGUGGCCCUGGGCCGUGCGUCGGCGCUACUGAGCGGCGCUGUGCUGGACGUGAAGAACGUGAGCAUGUCGGUCCCGCGCUGGAGCGACUUUGUGCUGCUGAAGCGCGUGUCGAGCAGCAGCAGCGGCGGCGAUGCGUGGGAGGUGGCUAGCGAGUUGCAGUCGAGCAACGUGAGCUGGCUGAAGACAGCCGAGGUGGUGUUGGCGCCGCGCAUCGCCAAGUCGCAGACCGUGACGGUGUCCACGAACGUGACGCUGGUGGACUCGGUGUCGUCGCGCGCUGUGGUGGUGGAGGUGUGGUAUGUGGUUCGGAGCAUCCCGGACCCUCGCUCUCUGGUGUCGUCGGCGGUGAUGUCGCAGCGGUUGGUGGUGGAGAGCAGAGAGGACGAGCCGGCGCUACUGUCUUUGAGCGUAUUGAACGUGCUGAGCGAGUCGCUGGACAGCGCCGCGGUGUGGUCGGAGUACUGGUCCGCGGACGUGGAAGUUCACGGGCGCGACCUCGGCGCUUCUGUGAGCGGCUUGGCCCUCGACGGGGAUUCGUCGGAGGUGGAAGAGCGUGCUGGCGGCAGCGUGGUGGGCGUGUCGAACGUGUCAGCGGCGACGCUGGCUUGGAACGCCUCGUCGGAUGAUGGGUCUGCUGCAGCGGGCGUGCUGCAGGUGGUCCCGGUGGCUUCGUUUGCGGGUGUCUUCCGUGGGUCUGUGGUGCUGGUGUUCCGCGACAAGCGUAGCGCGGCACAGAAGGUGGAGGUGGCGCGUCCACUGUCAAUCUCGUGGCGGCGUCGCGACCUGGAUUUGUCCGUGGAGCUGCGCACGAUGGUGUUUGCGAACGAGAGCGUGUCGAUGCCGCCGAGGCAGGCGGUGUCGGUGGCUCUGGGCCGUGCGUCGGCGCUACUGAGCGGCGCUGUGCUGGACGUGAAGAGCGUGAGCAUGUCGGUCCCGCGCUGGAGCGACUUUGUGCUGCUGAAGCGCGUGUCGAGCAGCAGCAGCAGCGGCAAUGCGUGGGAGGUGGCUGGCGAGUUGCAGUCGAGCAACGUGAGCUGGCUGUGUGGAGAAGUGCUGAAUAAGAAUUGUUCUCCGAGAAAGACGGCAGGGCCGAUCGACCGGAGGCGUGGGAGAUCGGCGAUCGAGAGACAGGCCGCAAGGAUCUACGGAUCAGAAGGAGUUCUUCGGGCGAUCUCAGGUGGUCCGAUGACGCCGGCGCGUGAGGCAGGACAUGUGGCAAGCCGGAUUCUGGAUGAUCGUGCUCGAACCGCGGCGUGA